AAUUAGAUUAAAUUGUUACAACACUCUAUAUAUACUUUUUUUUUUUUUGUGAAUUAUUUGCCACUGUGCUGCAUUUAUUUAUGUUCAAUCUAUAUUUCAGUGGAAACAGUAACGAAUAUCCACCACUGGAAUGUUGGGCACACGAGUUUUCAAUACAAGACAUGGAGUGUUACCCUUCACUUCCUUUUUAUGAAACUCUCUCCGUCGAACCAAUUUCAACUAUUAAAGGUAUAUAUAUCAUGAUGAUGACUGAUGAGUUUCUUAAAGUUUUUAUUUCCUUAUUAGAUUCUUAUAUUACUAUAGCUACAUAUAUUAUACCUUGUCCUUAAAUACAUGCAGACUAUGACUUUUAUGAUAUUAAGAAAGGGUUUUCUGUCUGGAACGAAGUGGAUGCCGGCUUUGAUUGUUCGGAAAAAGUAGUUUCGUCAUCAUCAUCACUUUCCAACAACAACAAUGAAGAAGACAAGAGAAUCAGGAGGGUCAUGAAUAAACGAGUUUGUAGAGAAGUGAGAAGUAGCAACAGUACGAAAAUGUUAUCAAGAAAGAUGAUAUCCGAGUAUUUCUACAUGCCAAUAACUCAAGCAGCGAAGGAACUUGAUGUGGGCUUAACUCUUCUGAAGAAGAGAUGCAGAGAGUUAGGGAUUCGAAGGUGGCCCCAUCGAAAACUUAUGAGCCUUCAAACCCUCAUCAAUAAUGUUCAGGAGCUAGGGAAGGACGAGGGGACAGAGAGUGAAGAGAAGCUAAGGAAUGCAAUUGAGAUAUUAGAGAAGGAAAAGAAGCUUCUGGAAGAAAUGCCUGAUUUGCAACUUGAAGACAAUACCAAAAGGCUUAGACAAGCAUGUUUCAAGGCCAACUACAAGAAGAGGAAGCUAAUAAUGGGUAGUAGUUCUUCAAAUUCAUCCAUGGAAUCUUCUUCAUCAUAUAACAUUAUUGGACAUAAUGCAACAAGAAUAACUAGUUGUAAAGGAGGCACAAUGGAUAGUAUUGGAUUUAUUAGCUUUGAGGAUGAAGAAGAUCAAGAACGUGACAUCAAAUCUGUGUUGUCUUUGCCUCCUUUGUCCCAUAACAAUUAACAUUCAGAUGGUCUAGCUAUAUAUAUGUUUAAUCACACAAAUGAUCAAUAGGAGAGUGGCGUUAGUUUUUUCUCCCUGU